CGGACCUCUCUGUUCCUCUCGGUAUAGCUGUGCUCACGCCGUGGGAUGCGCCCGUGUCAUCGUUGCUUCUAGUAUGAUCCGACGCAGUGUGUUUGGGAAACCUGCGUCUCUACUACCAUGUCGUCACCUCCAAAUCCUAAGCGUUUCAAAACAACAGUCCCUGCCAGCGCACCGUCUCACCUGGUACCACAACAGCAAAUUCAUUCUUUUCCUGGCGUCUUGAGUCCUUUUGACGGAGUUCCCCUUCCCCAGGCUCCGAUGCAGUCUGGUUCGAAUCCGCGCAAGCGCCGUUCGUCGCCUCAUCUAGGCUCUACAGCAUCCAUGGCGGCUCCUGUUUCUACGGGUCUCGUGCAGGACCCUAAUGUCGCCAGCGUUGCGGACACAGGUCCAGCGCCCAAGAAGAAGGGGAGGACUAACACGCCCUGGACGGCAGAGGAGGAACAGAGACUGAAGUCGAUGCGUGACGCUGGUCGCAGCUGGAGUGAGAUCGCUAAGACGUUCCCGGCUCGAACCGAAGGUAGCGUCAAGAAACACUGGUACAAGGACAUGCACUAUGCCGAAUUUGCGGAGGACGAGUCUGUCGCACUCCGCGAGGCGAUCAAAGAAUACGAAGCAAACAAAUGGAAGGCCAUUGGGCAGAAAGUCGGGAAGCCUGCAAAGGCAUGCGAGCAAUAUGCAAAAGAACAUUUCAAGAGUGUGUGAUGUGUGAAGGAUGCCCGGACCUUGACGAAGUGAUGACCUUGUUUAACGACCUGUUGCACCUAUCCUCUCAUCCUUUUUUCCCUCAACUCUACCGUCGACAAUGUCAGCAGCAUCUGUUUGGGGACACAUCUUCCGGUCCCGGUUUCACGCAGAGCGCCUCGCACCUCGCACCUCGAGACAGUAUGGGUUAUAUACGAUGGAAGGUUCUGGAGUUUGGUUUUGGCUUUUUCGUUUCUAUCUUUCUUCUGUACACGGUUCCUGCAUCUUUAAUGAGCAUCUUCUCCCCGAUGCAAAGGCGGCAUAUCCACGAAUUGCAUAGUCAUGAAUCCAGGAUUUGGCAUUAGUUAACAUUUGAUUUGGUAUAUGUUUCUC